CGAGCGUUCACAACCGUCGCGCAUUAAUUACCAGUCUAGUCGUAACGGUUGAGCUAGCAGGUCGUCGUCGAUCGGCAAAUCCGUACCCCGUACCAGUUCGUAGUAGGCGGUUCAAAGUGAACCCCGGGAAAUGUCAACUAGUGAGUGUAGUGUACAAAUAUUGUGACAUAUAAGACAAACCUGUGUGAGCAAAAUAAAAAAAAAUCACAACAAACAAAAUCAAAGCAGGCGGCAAUGGUGAUAGACGAAAGCGUGCCUUCGACAACGGCCGAAGAUGCACCGACGUUGACUGGCAGCGAGCAACCCCGCGAUCGGGGUCUCUGGCGAGAUCUAGUAGCCUACUGGUUCCUGGGCAUGUGCAACAACUAUGGCUACGUGGUGAUGUUGACAGCUGCCCACGAUAUCCUGAAGGAUCUGGACGGCAGCGGUGGUGGUGAUCAUGAGAAAGUGUCGGACAGUAUUUUCAGAAGCGAUGGAUUUCCCUACGACAAACGACCGUGCAACAAAAUAUCGACCGGAGCGAUUCUACUGGCAGAUAUUCUACCGGCUCUAUCAGUUAAACUGGUCGCUUCGUUCCUUCCGCUCUGGAAACAUGCCCGAGUAGCUCUCUGUAUCGGUCUAGCCUGCGCAGGAUUCAUACUGGUAGCGUUCGCCUCCAGUGAGUGGUUACUGUUCCUGGGGGUGAUCUGUACCUCGUUCAGCUCCGGCCUUGGAGAGGCCACCUUCCUCGCAUAUGGCAGUUAUUUCAAUAAAAACGUCAUAUCCACAUGGUCAUCCGGAACUGGUGGAGCAGGUGUGAUCGGUGCCCUGUCAUACACCGGUUUGACUGGUUUCGGACUGACACCGAAGGCGACGAUGUUGGUCAUGUUGGUGGUUCCUGCAGUGGAAGCUGGCUGUUUUUGGCUUCUGCUGCGGCAUAAAGACUCUAGCAGAACUCCGAAGUCGGCUAACGUUGAGGAAGUUUCGAUGAAGGAAGACUACCAAACUCUACCGGAGAAUGAUCGUCCGUUGGUUAACUGGCGGCAAAAGAUCAAGUACAUCCCAUCGCUGUUCAUCUACAUGAUUCCGCUGGUGUUGGUAUAUCUGUUCGAGUACUUUAUCAAUCAGGGAUUGUUUGAACUGGUCUACUUCCCGAACAUAUUCGUGGACAAGGAUGAGCAGUACCGAUGGUACCAAGUCCUGUACCAGGUCGGCGUUUUCGUGUCACGCUCAUCGGUGAACAUCAUUCAUUUCAAGCACGUCUGGAUUAUGGCCGUACUGCAGCUGGUGAACGUGUUCUACUUCACGUUCGAAGCGAUCUACAUGUUCACACCCACCAUUUGGAUAAUCUUCGUGCUGAUACUGUGGGAGGGUUUGCUCGGUGGUGGCGGAUACGUGAACACAUUCUACCGGAUGCAGAUCGAGGUGUCGGAGGCUCGGCGGGAGUACGCCAUGAUGAUCACGUCCAUCUCGGACUCUGUCGGUAUAGCGUUGGCGGGAAUUGCAGCGAUACCCUCGCACAAUGCCAUUUGCGAUCUGCCCGUGCCGAGUCGAUUGACGUGAUGUUUUACCUAAGGUGGCUGAGGUACUAUAGCUUUACUUGUACGACGAACUUCUAUACAGUAGGGAUCCAAUAAAAUGGUAUGACUGACGCGAGUAGCUCCGCAAAGACUGAGCUGAAAACGACGAGUAAAAACGGGAGUUUUUUUUCCUUUGCGUGAAAACAGAUUUUUUUUUUAAAACCCGCUAGAUGAAAAAAUAGCAUACCACCGCCGUCGCUGUCACCCGCUGAGUAGAGUGUUCAGCACACGUUUUUGCCAGCAGGUGGAGAAUUGAAGCCUAUCUAAACUUCACUAUUAAUUCACAAACAUGCCAAAAAAUUAUCUAACCUAUCUAUGUCAACAAAACGAUUAAAAACAAACGACAUGAACGAGUAUACUAAAUAACGGUGAGUCCUAUUCUAUAAACAAAUACACUCCAUGGAGUGUACACACAAAAUUAGCUAAAUUGUUACCAUAACGAGUUAAGUUUGAUAUCAAAUAAGGCCCAAUAUAUUUGGUUUGAAGGUCUUCAGUUAAUUGGACUAUUGCACUUGUCAACGUGGAAUAAAGAACUUUUUUCCUCCACUGAUACUAUAUCUUUCAAAAGCACUCUGUCGCUCCUAAUAAUAUUUUGUAAUUUUUGUCUAGAGUACAUUUCCUCGAUACUUGUGAGCUACUACGAUCUGGCAA